CUUUAUCCCGAAACCCCUUUUUCUUUCUGUUUGCUGCACCUCCUGACCUCUUUUUUGACCCACCCCUCAUUUUUAGUACUUCCUUCGCGCAUUCCUUUCACCAUCCCUGCUCUCAGAACUUUUUCUUCUCUUUCUUCUCUUUCAACUUUUUGCCUUCACUAUCCUUGAUACCUUCAUUUUCUCUUGUAAUCUCUUAUUGUCCCUCCUCCCUUCACAACCUCUGUUUAACUAACUCAAUUAUUAGACACGAUUGAAGCAAGGACAAACUAGCACAGACCAGUAGCUCACUCCUUCUGUCUCCAUUUUUCUCCCUCCAUUAAAAUAAGAAAACAUAUCCAAUCAACAACACGUUGACUUCCCUUGCCCUCUUCAGAUGACAAGUGAAGGAAUAGGAACAGAACCAACUGCAGCCGUAGCAGCUGGAGUCAGAAAUCAUGACAGAAACACCGUCAAUGACGUCCAACGACCCGUUACGCUCACAGUAACGACCGCAAGUGAUAGCAGUAAUGAUUCUGUGACCUCUCCUCCAGAAGCCAGUACAGGGAUCGAAGGAGUCUUCUCUACCUCAAAUUUACUCACUUCAAGAGGGAACCCAUCAGACAACAAUAGUAACAGCAACAGUGACAGCAACGAUAGUAAUAAUAAUAAUAAUAAUGAUAAUGAUGUGACAGGAACUGGAGCAAAUACUGAAAACACUCCUAUUUCAAAAUCGAGAUCAAGAUCCAAAUCAACCUCACGUCAACAACAAACCCUCUUGACCAAAGCUUUACUCUCCUACAUCAGUUUUUUUCGUGUGGUUCAGCCUUUGAUCUCCUUGGCAGCCUUUGGAACCAUCACCCCUGUCUUGGCAUAUUUCCAUACCCAGACCGUUUUCCCGACGAUCCAAGCAACACUCUAUGUCUACACAGCCACUCUCGCCUGUUGCUCCUUAUUUUUUAGCAUCAUUUAUUUAAUGGAUGUUUUGUUGAAGAAACCCUUAUUUUGGCCUUUUACAAACCGACAUUUCCGAAGAACCAGUCGAGCGAGGAUCGGAGGAGAUUUAAUUGUCUGCAUGGUCUUUUGCGGAUUAUGGUUCUUGGCCCUCAUCGGCUUGGUCAUCGAUUCCAUUGGGGUUGAUUGUGGAAAACUGACAGGGUUGCAAGGUAUCUUGGCAGUGAAUGGAAAGAGUACUCGGACUAUCACAACCGUUUGUCAAUUAGAGAAGGCUACCAUGGGUCUUGCUGUUGCGAGCUGGGCCUGUUGGAUGGGUGUCCUACUUGUUUUACUUUAUGGGCACUUCUGGAAAAGACGCGAAGUCAUUGCUGCCCGCUUGAAAGAAAGGAUCGCACGGAGGCGUGCAGCUCACGAUAAUCAUCAAAGUGCCGGCGCCACAGGCGUUAGUACUGCGAUCUCACCAGACGCAACCGGCGGCAUAGUCUCAACUGGAUCUAAUGUUUCUGGAAGAGGUGGCGCUGGCAUUGGAGGGAAUAACGGCGGCGAACAUGGUGGCAUUAGCUCUGGAGGCAUUCAACAGCAGCACUCACAACAACCUUCAUCAGUUUAUGGUUGUCAAGAUAUGGAAGGUGAAGUAGGUCUUACAGGAAUCAUCUGCCGAUAUGAUGAUGACCAAAGCUCCUUAAACCCAACCAUUCGAAGACAUGACCAUCCCGAAAAUGCGGCAUAGCCCUUAUUACCAGCAUCAGUACUCCCUUUUUAAAUAUAACCAUCAUUCGUAAAUAGAAUUAAAUGUUUCUGUUUUUAUUGAGAU